UUCAAAUCUUUCACUACUCAAAGUACAUGGUUCAAGUGGACCUAGAGAUCCCUUCUUCUUUUAAUCCAUUUGCUGAGGCUAAGGACUCUGGCUCCACUUGGGGAAAGGAUUAUGUACACAUCCGUAUACAACAGAGGAAUGGAAAAAAGAGCUUGACGACAGUGCAAGGGCUGAAAGAGGAGUACAACUCUGAGAAGAUUCUCAAAUCCCUCAAGAAGGAGUUUUGCUGUAAUGGUAAUCUUGUGGCCGAUGAGAAAUUGGGGGGUAAAAUUAUUCAACUCCAAGGUGAUCAAAGGAAGAACGUGUCCAAUUUCCUAAUCAAGGCUGGCAUUACUAAGAAAGAACAGAUCAAGAUACAUGGCUUUUGAGAGAUUAAGAAUUUGCAUUUGUUAUGAUUAUGAUGUG